AACAUAUGGAUAAGCAUUCCGCCAUGCUUCAUGCAUGUAUUUGAGUUGCUAAAGUGAUAUAGAUGUCACAUUCAGAGGCGGUGCAAGUCCUGUUUAUAUUCCUCUAAACAAGUUUGAAGUCACGAGGGGUUUCUGUGACUGGUGACUGCACGGUUUAGUGCAGUAACGUUAGCGUGCUAAUAGUUUAUUUAGCAAUCAGCUUGUUGUUACCGAUAUAUUUCUGACGAUAAAGAAUAUUCAUUACAAAUAAGCCUGGCAUGCGAUGGUUCUUCGAAGUGACAGUCCUCCAGAUCCUUGACGUUGUGAACUGGUGAAAUGGCAGUCUGAUAAGCUUUUGAUUGUCAUCAUCAGAGUUAUAGUGUUAUAUAGAUUGAGAAGUGAAGUGUGACCCGACAUUUGACCAUGGCGUCCAGGGAUGUCAACGAGAACACUCCACUGUUGGACAGCUCUGUGACAGUUUCCCGACCUCAGGAGUCGGUCUUCAAAGGGAGACGUCUGGCAUGUGCCGCCAUCCUAGUGGCCGAGUGUUUGGAGAGGAUGGCCUUCUACGGCCUUACUUCUAACCUGGUGCUCUUCCUCAACAGCGAGCCUUUUUAUUGGGAAGGGACACAGGCGAGUCAGGCGCCUUUGAUCUUCAUGGGAGUCACAUACCUGGUGUCACCAUUUGGCGGCUGGCUAGCGGACGCCUACCUGGGCAAGUUUUGCACUAUCGCGUGCAGUCUCAUCCUCUACUUGCUCGGGAUGCUCUUUUUUCCUUUCGUGGCCAGUGAGAGCACCAGAACGUACCUGUGCGGGGAACAGAUCGCCUUUCCUGUCCAGCCUGCAGAGUGCCUGAGCACAAACACUACCCCACCUGCCAAUGUCACCUGCCCAACACGGACUCCGUACUGCGGGGCUGUCAUCUACAGUAGCCUGGUGCUGGUGGCCUUAGGAGUGGGGACAGUGAAGUCUAACAUAACACCUUUCGGCGCAGACCAGGUGAAGGACCGGGGCCCGGAGGCGACGCGGCGCUUCUUCAACUGGUUCUACUGGAGCAUCAACCUGGGCACCAUCGCAGCGCUGGGCGGCAUCGCCUACGUCCAGCAGAACGAGAGCUUCCCGAUAGGCUACACGGUGCCCGUCGUGUGCCUGGGCGUCUCCUUCCUGGUGUUCCUGCUGGGCCGCGCCGUUUUCAUCACCAAGCCGGCCGACGGCAGUGCCUUUACCGACAUGUUCAAGAUCCUGGGCUUCGCCUGCUGCUGGUCGAGCAUGCCCAAAGAGCCCAGCUUACUCAGGCCUAAGCCCACGUUGUUGGAUGGAGCAAAGGUGACCUAUGGAGGAAAGUUCCCAGAGGAGAAGGUGGAUGAAGUGAAAUCCCUCGCCAAGAUACUUCCUGUUUUCCUGGCUCUCAUCCCCUACUGGACUGUCUACUUCCAGAUGCAGACCACAUACUACCUGCAGGGGCUGCACCUGAAGAUCCCCACCACGGCCAGCUCCACCAACAGCUCCAGCUCUCACCAGAUGACGUUCCGUUUCCCGGCGGCGUGGUUGUCCAUGUUUGACGCGGUGCUGAUCCUGCUGCUGAUCCCGCUGAAGGAUAAGCUGGUGGACCCCGUGCUGCGGCGCCGUGGACUCCUGCCCUCCUCGCUCAAGCGCAUCGCCGUCGGCAUGUUCUUCGUCAUGUGCUCCGCUGUCGCUGCUGGUAUCCUGGAGACCAUGCGCCUGGACAUCAUAAGGAGCCGCGGCACCAUUGACCAGGUGUUUGGCCACGCCACCUACUACGCCGCCGACUUGCCCAUCUGGUGGCAGGUGCCUCAGUACGUCCUCAUCGGCAUCAGCGAGAUCUUCGCCAGCAUCGCCGGUCUGGAGUUUGCCUACUCUGCUGCUCCACGCUCCAUGCAGAGUGCCAUCAUGGGGCUCUUCUUCUUCUUCUCCGGGAUCGGCUCCUUUGUGGGCUCGGGCCUCCUGGCCAUCGUCUCCCUCAAGAGCAUCGGCUGGAUGUCCUCCCACAAGGACUUCGGUAACAUAAAUGAGUGCAAGCUCAACUACUACUUCUUCCUGCUGGCGGGCAUCCAAGGCGUGACGCUGCUCCUUUUCAUCAUCGUGUCCGUCAAGUAUGACAAGCAGAAGGGGCGUCCAGUCAGCAGCCAUGGGCCCUCCAUGACCAGCUCCUGACCCCACCCUCCUGUGAGGUCAGAGGUCGUUACAUGAACCCCCCCCAAACCCCCUUCACCCCUUAACCCCAACCCGACGUGUCAUGGUCAGUGCCAAAAAGAAGUGCCUCCUCGUUUCUGAGUCUCCUCGUGUGUUUGGAGUUUUUCUUUUGUUUUU